AUGGCUCGCACGAAGCAAACUGCCCGCAAGUCCACCGGCGGCAAGGCGCCGCGCAAGCAGUUGGCCACCAAAGCCGCCAGGAAAUCGGCUCCGGCUACCGGCGGAGUGAAGAAGCCCCACCGCUUCCGGCCCGGCACUGUAGCCCUCCGUGAGAUCCGGAAAUACCAGAAGUCCACGGAGCUCUUGAUCCGUAAGCUGCCUUUCCAGAGGCUCGUUCGUGAGAUUGCACAGGACUUCAAGACGGAUCUGAGGUUCCAGAGCUCCGCCGUGGCGGCGCUUCAGGAGGCGGCGGAGGCUUACCUCGUCGGCCUGUUUGAAGACACUAACCUCUGCGCGAUUCAUGCCAAAAGGGUCACGAUUAUGCCCAAGGAUAUCCAGCUUGCGAGGAGGAUUAGGGGUGAGAGGGCUUAA